AUGGCCGCCGCUUCGUCGUCUACGUCGGACGUGCCUCGACGAGGCAAAGGGGUGCUGUGUGCGGCUGAGUUGCUUUACCUCGAAGACGGCGUUGCGUGCAAUGUCCGAGAAGACGGGCGCGCCUGCAUCGACGUGCGGCCUAGCCAGGUCGAUACGUUUGCGCUCCCCAAAUGUUCGGCUUCUUCGAUUGUCCGAAGCAGCGAGAACACCGUUCUCUGCGGUGUAUCGAUGCAGCUGGCACGGCCGACAAACGCCCCCGAUGAGGGCGAGGUUUUCGUAACUGUCGAUUGCUCCGCUGCACUGGGCGUCGACGGUGCACGCGGCGCGGCCUUCGACUCCGUCGGAAUUGGGGAAGGCAGUUCGAGCACCAGUUUGCAGGCGCUGGUGGGGGAUAUGGUGCUCUCCUCGGUUGACAAGAAAAAGCUCUGUCUCGUCCCUGGAAAACUCAUGUGGAAAGUUUUCGUUGACUGCAUGGUUCUGAAGGCCGGGGGAUGCCUGCUCGACGCCGUGAGUCUCUCGGUGCAUGCGGCGCUUCGGACGACGACAGAAGUCGCUGGCGAGCCGUUCCCUGCUGAAGAUGUUCCCAUCAUCGUCACAGUCGGGGAGAUUGCGAAUCGCUAUGUGUGGGACAUGACCAGCAACGAAGAGUCUGCAUGCACCGGCCGACUCCUCGUGGCCGUGUCUCCUCGCGAGCACAAAUGCGUGGGCAUUCAAAAGCUCGGAGCGUCGCUCGUCGACAUCUCCACGCUUCCAACUGUAAUGGUGAACUCCCAGCGCGUUUGUCGGGAGAUUUUUGAACGUCUCGACCGUCAGGUAGCAUCGCAAAAGACGAAGAAGCACUCGCAGCAGCUGUCUGCCUUCAUGCGGAGCAUGGCGGACCUCUGA